UGCAAUAAUAAUGUAUGGUUGUCACAAAAUCCCACGGCACACCCGGACUUGCCUCACGGCACACCAGUGUGCCGCGGCACACCGUUUUGGAACCACUGUGUUAAAGCAUAAAAUAAAGUGUAUUAUUAUUAUUAUUAGCCGUCCUACAUAUACUCAAAUGCUGAAAUGGACUCCAGGCCAGAAGCCAAAGCACUCUGUAAUCCUCCACUAACCCUUUCAAUGGAUGAGAAAAUCUACAAAAACUUGGGGUGAAACUGUGAGUCACAUUAUAAGGAACUGAUCAGCCAUUCUUUAACAUCAAUGGAGUUUCAUAAGAGUGAUUAAUACGUUUCUGCUCAGCUCUCUCUGAUAAGAGCUGUUUGCUAGCUGACUUUGACUGACUUUGACUUUAGAGCGGACUGUUUCCUGGGAGCUGAACACUUCAGAUUGUUAUGGGAUGAUGGAUCAUACAUCUAAAAAAAUGGGAGGAAACUGGAAUCACUGCAGACUGCUGAUGCUGCUGUUUCUGACAGUUCUUCAGCCGGGACUGUCCGCAGACGGGGAGGAGCCUGAACUAGAUGAUGACGAUAAUAGAGUGGAAAUCAGCUGUGAGAUCGUGGGUCCGAACUACGUAACGGUGGGAGUGCCAAGCAGCGUUGAGUGUCUUUCCAACUGCAAGGCAUGCACCUUCUCCAUGUCUGUGGACAGUCAGAGGGCCCAGGGCCAGGGCAACGUGCUGGCCUUCACUGUGAGCAGUUGGGUGGGGGUCCUAACGGUCACAUGCACCGCAGCAGAAGACGGGAGAGGGGGGUCUGCCAACGCAACCAAGAAACUGCAAGUGUUAGAUGGACCAGCCAAUGUUUCCAUCACAGGCCCCAGUUGGCUGCACCCAUCGGUGAGCCACACCUACAGCUGCCAUGCCCGGUGUCGGCCAUCUUGUACGUAUGCCUGGAGGACAGAUGAAGGCCCGUGGAUAGGUGGGCAAGGAAAUGUACUUUCUAUCACUCCUCAGGAGAUGGACAAGUCCAAAACUCUUGUCUGCAAAGCCACCAACAGUGUGUCUGGGCUUUUCGUCGCUGCUACCCAAAACAUAACGGUGACAUGGUCGAUCCGCAGCCUGUCCUCUCGUCCUGAGGAGAGCACUGUGCUGCUGGCCUUCAUCCUCUCUGCUGCGCACACUGUGACCGCACUGCACCAUGGGAGCUCACUGCUAUAGCAAUUGACAAUUAUCCAAGCAACCAAGGACAUUUUUGAAUGUUUUACAUUUUGAAAUGCUUUUCAUAACCCUCCUGUCGUGUUCUGGCCCAAUCUGACCGAUAUUCUACUUUCAUCAAUCAUAAUAAAUAUUGUGUUUUACAUUUGAUCUCUUCAAGGCCUAUUGAUAUCCUCCACAUUGGUAUUUGAGGAUAUAAAGUUGCUGAUCACCACUACCAUUGCAUUUAGAGGUUUUACUCAACUUCAUAACAAGAUAGCCGCCAUAGGAAAUGAAUGGUUAACCCUACAUUAUGUUCAUCCAUCAGGUAGUACACACACACACACACACACACGCUAAUUUUAGAAUACAUUUUCAGUGUCUUUUCACUGCAGGUAUUCAUAUAAACCAGUCGUCUGAGAUAUUGUUUACAGCUUAAAAGGGUGUUCAAUAAAAUGUGGUGAUGAUUAAUGGUUUUUGUGUUCAAACAGACGGGGAACACCAAAGUAAGGGGGGAGAAAUGAACAGGAUGGGACUUAGCAGUUGUAUUCUAUUUCCUAUCAUUUGGUAAAAUGUAUGGACUUAUUGUUCUCACAUCAUAAAGACUCGUUGUGUUUCUGUGUCUCUGUCUGACACGUCCUUCUCUCUGUGAAUUCAUUUGUCAGGUAUACUGGAGAAUGGUUGACUCACACUGCAUACUGUUCUUUUUCAUCGGUGUCGCAUGUUGACUGUAGGUCCACCCCUGUUUGCACUUCCUGGUGAGAGGCUUGGAAAAGCACUUCAAAAUCAAAGUGUGAAUUGAACAUGUGAUGUCAGAGUGUGUUGACUUUAAACUGCUCCCCCCUAUGCCUCUCUACGCUUGUAUCCACACGCACACA